UUUAAUUCGUUGUUUUUGGUGAGUUUUGCAUCUGGUUAUGUUUAUAACAAGCCGCCAUAUUGGAAUUUGCGUAACACGGAAACUUCAACUUUACGAACCGAUCUGAACCUCAGUAACUCAUGUUAGUAUUCAUUUCUUAACUACAAUAAUAAUGAAACUUAAACAUUACAUUACAUUUAUGUUUUGCCAUUAUGCUACUAUGAUUAUCUAUAUCUACUGAAAAAACAAGAUGGCGUCUACCCAUAGACAACCAAGCCUAUACUAGGUGUCCCCUGCUUUAAAACGGUACGUUCUCGUAAGAAUGUUAGGAUAGAUAAUAAAUUGCUUUAAGUAUUACAGUAAUAUAGAUCCAUUCUAUUUUGUUUUAUUCUAUACAAGUUAGGUUAGUCGAUCACAAAAAACGAAAAUACAAUAAAAAACGAUGUAGUGACUCAUUAAUUUAAUGGCACAUCGAGAUACCUACAUAGACUUCCUCGCACUAAGAAACUAUCAAGUGAACGCGAAGUCAGCCUCCGAGAUAGACUACCCGUGGAUAGCGCGAGUGGUGCACUCCCGGCAGUACUCCCGCCCACAGCUCUGCACUGCUGUGUGCAUCGGCCAGCAGAUCUUUAUAACUGCAGCCAGAUGUGUCACUGUCCUCAAAAUAACUUACACCUCACUGAUAUACCAAGACCAACGCCUCAAGCCCAAAGCGUUCGUGUUACCGACGAACAAGACGAAGCAGAUGUAUGACGACGUAGGUUUUAUCAUCGUCCACGACGAGUUCCCCGGACAGUGGAAGGCUUUGGCGUUACUCGACGAACAGCGAACGGAUAGAACCUUCACGUGGUUCGAAAACAUGGUAUUCGACGAGUUUGAACACAAGGUCGUUGGGUAUGCGAAAUUUAAGACAGACGAAUCGUCUCUCGUAUGGAAAAGGCCUUACCACCUGACGCAGUUAAAAGUGCAUGUCAGUCUAGACUUAUGUCGCGAGAUAUUGAUAUACAACCAAAGAGUGGACGGUUUCGCAGUGCCGUGUUACCAUUCGUGCACUUUAGCGCAAUUCGAGGGUAAAGAGGGGAAUACAAUGCACACCAAUUGUAUGAAUUACCACGGAUCUGAGGGUAGUGCAAUAAUAAACUUGAAAACUAACAAACUGUUGGGAAUAGCAACUUGGGGCGCGUAUUUUAAAAAACACGAAUUACCUGUCGGGUUCUCUAUUCCCAAUUCAGAUAAUUUCCUCGAAGACAAGAUUUGCGCGGAAAAGAUACGCGACGAUUCAGAUUUCAUCGUUGAUCCCGGUUAUUAUCAGCAACUUUGUGAUGAUAAUGGGAAUAGGAGAAUAUUCAACAGAAAUAAUAAAAACAGACACUAAAGUGUUUUUCAGAUAGCAUGGUUACGGUGACAAUACUUAGAAAAUUCUAAAAAAAAAUACAGCCAUCAAUUGAUCUAUAUGUGGGCGACAGUUGCCCUAAGAUGUUCUUAUUACGACUAUUAUCG